GGGGAAGGGCCUAAGCUCUGGAUGGCAGAGCUCCUUGCUCAAGAUGACCCGUCGCCGGUGACCGCCGAUCUCUCCUCCGUAGCCCCCACGCUGGCCAACGGCGUCCACCCCCAGCGCAGGGGCAAAAACCGCUCCUGCCCAUCAAAGCGGGAGGCAACUGGCUCGGAGCCACCUGGAAGCAUGCAAACACACAUAGACACUCAAACGCUUUCUCCCCCCAAUUUGGACUCUUGUGGCCCUGUAGAGGCCCAACAGUCCCGAACUCAACGCACAACAUCACCUCAGUCCUUGUCUUUAGCGCUCGGCAAUCAUCCGACCGCCGCCAAUCAGGCGGUUGGGCGGACCCUCGAUGCAGAUAUGGAGAUACCCGCAAAUGUCUGUCCCAGUACGGGCCCGUCACCUCUCAUUGUUGAGGCUGAAAGGAAGUAUGCGUUGCGCAGCUCCGGACGUUCUCGCUUCCCUUGUCAUGUGCGCAAAUCAUCCCGCCUCCGGCGAACCCUGGACGAAGAUGAGAGGAGAGCAGAGAAGGAGAGACCAAAUGAGGAGGCGGUUGAAGCCUUUGAGGAGAAGAUCUGGAGGGUUAAAGAGGAACAGGUAGAAGAAGCUGUCCUGAAAAAGGAGCAACCAUCCUUGGCACCUGUCAUCCCUACGGCUGUUUGCCCUGCAGAUGUUCCUCUUGCGUUAACCGUACCCAAGAUGGUCCCCAAAGCUACCCCGAAACUUGGUCCUAGACUCGGGCACAGACCUGGACCUAAAUCUCGAUCGAGGCCGGGUCCCAAGUCGGUCCAGAGGCCCGGUCCUAAAAGUGUCAUGAGGCAGCGUCUGGCAGCACAAGCAGCCUUACAGGGUGGCGCCACUCAUUUCCCACCGCCUGUCAUUGCGCCACUUUUGAAGAAGGAGUUGCAAAUUUUCUCCCCCAAUGGCCGGAGGUGUGGACGCUUUGUCGGAGUGCGGAGGAUCGUAGUCAAAGUGGCUCGCAUUCCCGUGAACCUCGGCCGGCGACAGAAAAGCUACAAGAUCUCCAAUUUGGAGACAUUUGCGGCGCCUGAGAAGGGCGGUACUCUGGAGGGCCCGGAAGUGGCUAAGGAGCCGACAGCACUCCUCCGCAUGAAGAACAAUGGCAAGAGCGUUAUGGUCAUGUUCCCUCCCGGAGAAUUGCCUCUAAUUGUCAAACGAAGGCGAGGGCGACCACCCAAACAGCCAAUUCCCUUGGUAUCAGGGGAGGUCCCUGCUACCUGUGGCGAUGGAGAACAACUUAAAAAGCCCCGGAGGAGGCGACGGACUAAACUCCCUUGUCCCUAUCCAUCAUAUGUUAGUGAUACCAAUGAUAUAAAAACAGAGUAUGGGGAUGUUCUAUCAAAACUGGCUUUUUUGAAUCGCCAGCCUCCCACCACUGGCCGAUGCUCCCCCCCUCGCUGCUGGACACCCAGUGAGCCGGAGAGCUUCCACACCCCCUCAGAAAACCCGGGAAUAUCCGCCCUACUGCACAGGCUCACUGGGUUUAGGCGACCCCGGGGCAGCAGAGGAGGAGGUGCUGGAAGAGGUGGGGCUACAGCAGGGGGUGCUGGGAACUGUGAGCACAAUAAAAGCACCUUCUGUGACUUCUUUGAGUCCAUUGGCAAGAAGCGAAAACUGAGUCCCCUCACUGAGCAUGGAUUACCCAGAAAAAGGGGGAAAGGUGUGGGUGGAGUCGGUAGAGGCGGGGGUGUGGUCGGAACCGAGCCUGGGGGUGAGAAGACAGUCAGGAAGAGACGCGUGAGGAAAAAUGGCACAUUAAAAGGAGAGGGGGGUUGCAUGGGACAGGACUGGCCCAAUGGUGCUGGCGGUUGGGGUGCGGAGGACACUGGUAAACGGUACGAGCUCUGCAGAUCUACAAGAGGGGGCUUUUCCUCCGGUGUGGUCGGCAGGAGAGGGGCCUACAGCCGCGGAAGCAGGGUAGUCCGGCAAGUCAGGGAAGACUCGCAAAGUCUGUUUGCAGGGUAUUUCCGAUCCCUGCUGGACUCGGAUGAUUCAUCUGAACUUUUGGACAUCUCGCAAUCAAACGCGCGCAAAGCUUCAUCCGGUCACAGUUAUGAGUCAUCCAGCCCAGCGUCUGGUCACCAGUGGUCCACAGCCAUCCCAAAAUGGGGAGCCAACGGGGCAAGUUGUGCAGCGGAUAGUCCGGCGCAAACACAUGGCUCUUCUGCUGGGCCUCCUUACAGCUAUGCCAGCCAGAAUCAAACAUCCCCUACCCCUUCUGCGUACCUUAAAUCCACCCCACCGUCACUUUCGCACUCUCCCAGUUCCCCCCACCCUGCCAGCUACGGCCACUACUCUCCUGCCUACGCCGCAUCUUCUUGCGCCGGGCCCCAGAGAUCCUCAGACUGCAGUUUUUCCUAUAACAGCAGUGGUAAGACUUUAGUUCAUGACCGGGGUCAGAUUGGCUACUCCGGUUACCAGUCGGCAGCCAGGAAGGGGUACACUGGAAGUCCUGCCACAGGACCCAUAUCACCAAGUGGAGGCUACAUGUCGGUGGCCAAAGGAGGGACCUUUAGUUCCUCAUCCUCGCCAGAGUGUUACAAACAAUACACCAGCAACCAGUGGAGUUUAAGGCAAGGUUACGGUGGCUGGUCAGCAGACAAUUUUGGCUCUCACGCUUACAGUGAAUAUGGCUCCAAUGAGUCAAAGGACAUCUUGGACAUCUCCAACUACACCCCUCAGAAGUCCAAGAGACCCCCUUUUCCAGAGAGCCUGUCGGAGUCCUCCUCCGACUCCUCGCAUCCCGGCUCGGGGGCGGCCGGGAGUGGAACUCCUUCCAUGGGUGGAGUCUUCAAACAAAGCGAAACAGUCAGUGGGGAGGGAGCUCCGUCCAGCCUUUCUAGCUUGGAAAAGCUGAUGAUCGACUGGCACGAAAGCGCUUCAGCGCCUUCCUACAACUGGAGUCAGAACGUCCUCUUCCAGGGCGGGGGGACCAGCAAGCCUGGCCGGGGGCGCAGGAAAAGGAUUGAACAGACGGAGAAAGAGGGGGCCUCGGUUUUACACUCCGAUUCCCCGUCCAGUCCCUCUCCAACUCUCACUCCUAAGCGGGGAGGGGCUGGAGGACGAGGCCGAGGGUCGAGAGGAGGCAGAGGGGGAAUAUCCGGGUGCCCGAGAGAGCGUCUUUCUGGAUCCAAAGGCAGGGGAAAAGCUGCAGCUUCUUCUUCGGGUCUGGAGGCUUCUGGCUUAUUCCAGGAGGGCCUGGACUAUUACAGCGGAGAUAGUAGCAGCCUCUCUCCCUUAGCUACUCCUAAUUCAGCACCCCCUUCCACCUACCUCCAAGAUCCCUGUGAGUACCCCUCCCCAUAUUCUGCCCACCCUUCUACGCCAUCUUCUGAAGAGCGAUAUCCAGCCUUGUACCCUGGAGAGUCCUCUUCCUCCCUGUCCCCUGGUGUGUCGUCUCCCCCUUACCCUGCAAAAUCGCAGUCUUAUCACCUUGCCCCCUCCAGAAACUUCUCCCCAUCCUGCUCCCCUUUACCACGAGUAACACCUCACUGCAGCUCGGCAAUGAGCCCCUCAUACCGCCCCCCUCCUAAAGAAGCGCCGUUCUCUCAAUACGACUCCCCCAGUUACUGCGGUUCGCCCUACUGGUACGGACAAACGUCGCACAGCAGCACCCCCAGCCCAAGUACCCACCCUCAUACGAGCCCACACGCCAACACUCACGGAAACCUUCUGGCAAGCCCCAACGCUCACAUGAACCCGCCGCCUCAUGAGCCGCAGCAUCACCUGAGCUCCCAUGCCAAACCUUACCCUGGCAACUCCCUUACUCACGCCCACACCAACAAUCAGCCUCAUCUUGGCACGCAGGCUGCCGCCCACUCGGCGCCAUCGCUCUACGAAGAGUGCAGUACCGCGACCACACACAAGCAGGAGCUGAUGCCGCGCCAAGGCCUGCUAACAUCGCCGCCGUACACAAAAAGCAACAUAGAGGAGGACUCCGGUGCUUACUCGCUGUCCCAUGUUUCCUGCCAAGCCAUGGGGCAUCGUUAUCCAUCACAGGCGUCGCAGCAGGGAACCGGAGUGCUGUGCCAGCUUUUGGACCAAGGCCAUGAUGAUGGCUUUAGCGUGACCAGCCUGUAA